ACUUGAGGUCUGCCGCUGCAAGUCGAUAAAUUGACGGUGCUCUGUGACUCAGUUAUUACAAUAAUUAUUCAUUAUUACCUGUGUCUUUUAUCACUAGUUGCAAUAAUUAUAAUUAACGAAGCAUGUGACCUUGUGCAUAUUUUGUUCUGUGUCUAUUUAUUCAUAAAUUUUGAAACACAAAAGCGUGAUGGAAAAAUAGUGUUGUGCUUUGUGGCCCGCAAAAAUGGCUUAUGUUGUUUGGAGGGUGUUUAUGAAGAAGUACUCAAAAGUCAGACUUGGAAUAGCCUCUGGGAAUCCACCUGUUUUGGAUGAACCAGAAAGCUGUUUGGAUGAAGAUUGCUCGAGAAAUGAUGAUGUGAACCCUACGGAAAAAUCGGGUCUCGGGAAGAACAACAGCAACGAGGCAAAAUCCAAAAAUACGGGUGACAACGUGUCGUACGACACUGAUACGGACGAAAAAGUUACCGAACGAUCCGUGGACGACCUGCCCCCGACAACCUGCUACGGCAGUAGUUCCUCGUGGUACACGGGCAGCGCUCUGGACCCGGAAUCGUUGCCGGCCGACACGACAUCCGACACUGACUCGACAUUCAACCGUUCCGGCUCAAAGUCGCUGAGCAAGUCGAAGCGCGUCAAAAACUACAUCCAUAAAAAGUACAAGGAUGUCGCGAAUACGAUCGGGAGUUACGCGGGGGUUGUCGGUGGUGGGUCGGGGGUUGUUUCUGACAAUGACAACAGACGGAGUGUUGAUCGUCAACGGCGGUUGACGACAUCGUGGUAUGUUGAGAGCGGGGUCCUGUUAGAUCUGGAGAAUAACUGUGUAGGGAUCGCGUCAAACUGUGACAACAACAAUGACUGUGUCACACUGGGUCAACAACAAACUCUCAGUGAUGAAAAAGUUGACAACUGUGAUCAACAGCAUUCUCCCAGUGAUAAAAAUAUCAACAACACUGCUUCACAACAUCCUCUCAAUCAUGGAAAUUUUGACAACACUACCAAAGGUUCUAAUAUUAGUAAUGUCAACACAAUCGAAGCAAUAAAUCGAUUGCAUAUUGACAACAGUAGCAAAAGUGAUAUUUGUGAUAACAUAAAUAUUGUAGCAGUUGAUCGUUCGCAAAGUUUUGGUGAAAACCGUGUGGAGUGUGCUAGGUUCAUUGAUACUGAGGAGGGGGAGGAGGAGGAUGAUGAUGAUGAUGAUAAUGCUACGAUAACCAAUGAGGAUGAACAGUUGGAGAACAUGUCGUGCAGUAGCAUAUCAUUGGCCGCUGAUUCGGAAUCUGGUUAUCAGGAAAAACCGUCAGACCUGGAAUGUUUAGUGGACAAACACUUGUCGAGGUUCUACCCGAACUACAGCCGUACUCGCGCUGUGUUAGUUCGCCAGGCUCGCGAUCUGCUCGUGUGCGAAUUCGGUGGAGAUUUGGCUCGUUUCAGCGCAGAGUUCAUUUUGCCAGCGGCUCAGCUGCUGCUACCUCAUCUCGACGCUAUACAGACGAGAAACAUCGGCUGUGGCCCACUAGGCUGGCCAACCUGUCUGGGUGAUUCCGGCCUGGUGCUGCAUCUCGGCGAACUGCCAGCAGCCCAGCUGAAACCCACAGACAUCCACCUCUGUGUCACCAGCCGACCAGUCCAGCUGGCGGUCGUCUACUGGAUGGGUGACCGCAGUCACCGCUGCUCCACCACCAACUUGCCCGACACACCUCUCGCCGCAAUGGAUCUUCUCGAUAAUCUCCCUGAACUCCUCCACGAUCUAGUGAUCACGGUGGAUCGAGAGAUCGAGAGGAUACCGCUUGAGGAACUCGCUUUCCCGUGUCUGCAUUGUCACGAGCUGACACACGAUGUCACCCUGUCUCACUGCGAGGUUCACAGCUUGCCUCAUUGCCAGGCUCACAGUCUGUCGCACUGCCAGGUGACUCCCACCAGAGACAGCUGUAUGCAGACAUGUCCCACCUAUGAGAUGGACUCCUCUAUUCCGCACAUUGAUAGCGACGAGGAUGUCACAGAUGACUCGGGCUACGAUGCUCAGAGGACACCUGUCAAUGGAGCUGUAACUCCAGUCGUCACAAGAGGCUCGAUGCCGUCCUAUCACAAGUCGAAGCACCAUGUCUCGACUGGCACCUCGACCUCGAACGGUUACAGCUACAGCAAGCGCUCUUCAGUCACUCACAUAUCGACGCCGAAAUCGAUCAGUGAACUGCCAGAAGGGAUUGUCAGCGAAUCUGGAAUCUACCUCCCUGGUUUGAAGGAUGUGAACGGUCGAGCUGUCAUCGUAUACGACAUGAACACUGCCAGCAACAAUGCACUGACUGCCCGCGAUGUUGCCAAACUUCUUCUGUACUACUCUUCAAUUCCUCUCAGGCUGGAGAGAUUGAGCUCCGGUAUGUGCCUUGUCAUUGUGGAAACAAUAAAUUCAUCGUCUAGUUCUAAUGCUAGCAGCACUGCAGCUGCCAUAGCUUCCGUCGAUCAUCACAAGAAGCUACUGGCUGAGUCCCUAGCUCUCUUAAUGCCUUCCCAACUUAAAGUUUCGGCCCUCCUGUACUACCAAAACAACAAGAGCAGUUCAACAACACGAUCUAGUUUGCUGAGGCUUUUGAAUAUCAGCUCAGACAUCAAGUGCCAUGUUGUCAGUAACUCUGUAGAGUUAUCUGAACAUUUAGCAGAGGACCAGAUUCCUUCAGCAUGUGGAGGCAAGUCUGACCACGACCAGGAGAGCUGGAUCAAAUUUUUCAAGAACGUGGAAGAUCUGAGCGCGCGAUGCCAGAGCUGCGGCCGGCGACUGGUGGCACUAAUGGGAGGCUCCGACCCUAGUGUGACGUCACAACAGGGCACAACCUCGUCAGCAAGGCGUCAGGCCCACCUGCAGCACAGGGCUACUGCUCGUCUGCUCGCCGAUCCGGAAUUGCACGCACUGCGUCGAGAAGCGCCCGCCAUCUUGAAAUCUCUCAGGGAAACUGCCCUCUGGCUGCCGCAUAGCGAGGAUGUCAGGCUGUGGGUGGAGAAAGCUGAAAAACUGUACAAAGAAGUGGAUAGAGCAGUCCAGAGAUUGGAGGCUCUCAGCGAGAAAAGGAGAGAAAAACUGAGAGAGUUGGCAAGGAUGAGAGCCCUGGAAGACGAGACAUCUGAGGUCCUUUCUUGGAUUAGUGAGAAAGGAGAGGAUUGUCUGAAACGUCACGCCGAGCUAGCCACUACCCUGCCCGCCAUAAAACAACAGGAGCUCGACUUCGAGAAAUUCUACUUCAUAUCUAUGAGGCAUCUUGAUAAAGGAGGUGACCUUUUGGAGGAAGCGAAAGAAUGCAGCCCUGAAAAGGGCUCUGGACUCAAAGAUCUUGCUCGAUCGCUGAAGCAGCACCUGAGAGGUUUCAGUGAGCGAUUGGAAGACACGAGGGAAAGACUGGAAGACACAUCAAGAUGUUUCUAUCUUCUGGACAGGGCUUACGAGUGGGCACUGGAAGCUAUGAAGUACAUGUCACGUGUGAAACCGGAGGAAAGCCACAAUUCGGAGCAGAGUGUGAAGCAACUGAAGCAGUACCUGAUGGCCCAUCCUCCACUCUCCACCGAUCACUUCGCCGAAAUGCUCACUCUUGCCAAGAAACUCGACAAUGACAAGCUUCUCGAACAAUGCAAGGUAGCCCAAUGUAGAUGCGAGGAAACCAUGGAGCAGAUCCGCAGCGUGGUGGGAGCCGCAACCGCGACCGCAACCGACCAGCCGCAGCCGCAACCGCAGCCGCAACCCAGUUGGGUAACGAGUACCCCAAUCGCCGGCCGCAGACGAUCGCUACCCAACCACAGUAGCGGCAGCACUGCUACGGGGCACUCGUGCUCCUGCUGGGAUCCGGGAGAUGCAGCAACUAUCGCCCAGAACGCACCCACUGGUCCCACGCCAUCCGCCCAGAACGCGGCCGUUGCACUGGACGAGAUACGCGAGGAGCCGUGUAGCUGCUUCAACAACCACCAUCCGUUGCAGCGGUGCAGCACUUGGCAGUACUCGGCUGCCGACAGCAACUAUGAAGAGGAAAGCUCAUCCAACGAUAAUACCACUGAGGGCAGCGAGGCUGGAACUAAAAGUGGCUCAGAGAACGAAGACUCAGGAGAAGGCGGCAGCAGUAGUCAUAGCAGCAGCAGCAACACUAAUAGUAAAACACCUGUGCCACCGAUUCCUGUCAACUCACACCUGCACUGCGACCUCAGUCUCCAGCUGGACAACACCGGCAAAUGCGGCACUCAGACUCUCAAAACUAAAAAGACACUUUUGCUGAUCAUGCGGGAAAUGAUCCACACUGAAAGAGAUUACGUCAAAUCGUUGGAAUAUGUGAUAGAGAACUACAUUCCAAUGCUAGUAAUGGAAGACAUUCCCCAGGCGUUGAGAGGUCAACGCAACGUGGUGUUUGGCAACAUAGAGAAGAUCUACGAGUUCCACAGCCACUUCUUCCUGCAGGAGUUGGAGCGUUGCGAGCAGAGUCCCCUGCUAGUUGGCCAGUGCUUCCUCAGGCACGAGAGCAAGUUCUACCUGUACGCCCUCUACAACAAGAACAAACCAAAGUCUGAUUCGCUCAUGUCCGAGUAUGGCACCGCUUUUUUCAAGAAGAAGCAAUUGGAGCUGGGAGACCGUAUGGAUCUGGGAAGUUACCUGUUGAAGCCUGUUCAGCGGAUGGGCAAAUACGCGCUACUGCUGCAACAGCUGAUGAAGGCAUCCAGACAAGAGGUCACUGACCUCAGGGAUGCCGAGACCAUGGUUCGAUUCCAGCUGCGUCAUGGAAAUGACCUGCUUGCCAUGGAUUCACUCAGGGAUUGUGAUGUAAAUGUCAAAGAGCAAGGCCGAUUGCUGCGUCAAAACGAAUUCCUGGUCUGGCAGGGCAAAGGCAAGAAAUGUCUGCGCCAUGUCUUUCUUUUCGAAGAGCUCAUUCUGUUCAGCAAGGCGAGGAGGUUCCCUGAUAGAAAGAACCUGGACAUCUACAUCUACAAGAACAGCAUCAAGACAAGCGACAUCGGAAUGACUGCCAGGGUGGGGGAUAGCUCCACUAAGUUUGAGAUCUGGUUCCGUAAGAGGAAGCCUAACGACACGUUCACCCUCCAGUCCAUGUCUGAGGACGUCAAGCAGGCCUGGACCGAAGAGCUGUCCAAUAUCCUAUGGAAGCAAGCAUUGAAGAAUAGAGGUUAGUUGAACACUUUACCA